AUGGCAUACCGUCAACAGAUACUGGAGUGUACACAGAUGGAGUUUGUCAUUGGUGUGUUCGAUGUGGAUGGAAGCUGUGAUGAUGUUUUAUUCAUAGACAGACACUUGGUGGUGUUAAAUGAGUCGAUUGCUUUAAUCUCAAAUUUUCCCGGGGCUACUACUUUUCAUAUUUCAAUUUUGGGUGAACUUGGUGUGAAGAAAUCAUGGAUCAAACUCUUUAUUGUUGGGCCUAUGCCUUCCAUCGAGUGGCUCAUUGGAGUUGGGAAGGAGGGCGACGUUUGCUUCAAAGAAAACGACGAUGAACUGGUAUGGGUUGAUUUAAGCACCCAAAUAAUUUACGAGCUUGGCGUUAAAGGAAAGUAUUGUCAGAUAGGAAUUUACAAGGAAAGUCUACUUCCGAUUGGAGGAAUAAAUAAUUAG